ACUCUAUUUGUGGAGUAAGUCAGGUAUGUUGCGUCAAAGCUUUUGCAAUCACCCUCUCUUAUUGUUGUUAUUCCCCUUCCUAUUGUUCUAUUGUUCGGCCUUUUCUUUCACUUAUACACAAUCGCACUUCAACCUCGAACAAUCAACAUGGAAUCAUAGACGAUAGACUGGAAAUACUUUUUUGCUCACGGCCGUCAUUUCCUUUGUCCCAUUUCUUUCAUCUUUCGACCUUGGGUUCUUUAUCUAAUUAAUCUUUGUCCCUUCAUCGUGUAAAUCAUCAUCACAUCUCACUCGACCUGACCCUCAUCUUCUUUCGGUCUUCACAAUUUUCUACUUAUACAAUCUCAUACAAACUUAAUCGUUUGCAUUUACCAACAAACAUAGAUUCAAGAUGUUCUCCUCACGGAAAGAAAACGACGACCCGCCGGUCUACCCGGCCGUACCCAACUCCCUCCGGUCAGAAUCAUUCGAAAUGACCGAGAUGCGAAAAGUUCAAGAAGCUCGAGCUGAUACUGCUCCAAACGUUACUCCCUACCUCAGCCUCAGGGCAAGGCUCUCUCAAAUAUGGAUGAAUCGCUGGACAAUUCUCCUCAUCCUAGUCUUGGUCCGAGUCAUGAUCCUCAUCGUCGACCUCAAAGAAAACGUCGGAGAUGCCAAAGUCAAAGCCCUUUCCGCCUGUACCAAGGUCGAAGAUGUUGGCAGCGCCAUGGCCUCCAUGCCUCAUUACCUCUCUAGGGGCGUAAACGAACUCGCAGCCUCAGGAAUCGAAAAGUCAGUUGAUGCCAUGGUGUACUUACUCGACCUCGUCCUUGUCGGCGUCAAGAACAUGAUCGUGUUCUACAUCAACUUCCUAACCGCCACAUACGUGUGUCUGAUUACCGCCAUGGUCCACGGUAGUCUCAAUGUUGUUGCCGAUGUCACUGAAGGGGCGACUGAAAAGUUCAACGGUGUGAUCGACAAGGCUGUGGAAAAGAUAGAUAGUCUCUCCAAGGAACUCGAAGAUGGCAUUAACAAGGUCACCAAGGGGAUUGAAGACUCUGUCUUUGGAGACCUUGUUCCCGAUAUCCCCAAGGUUGACUUCUCCAGCCCUGUCAAGGAACUCAAGGACUUUGACAUCAAGUCCGAAGAUUUCGUCAAGGAUGUCCGCAAAUUGGAAGAUGAUCUUCCCGACUUCCGAGAAGUCCAGAACUUGACGGAACAAGCCAUCUCAAUCCCGUUCGACUUCGUCCGCAAAGCCCUCAACGAAACCUACGGCAACUACAAGUUCGAUCGGGAUGUUUUUCCUCUCGCCCAAAAGAAGAAGUUGACUUUCUGUUCUGAGAAUACUGCUCUCAACGACUUCUUCAACAACCUGUUCGAACUUAUCCACAAAGCUCGAACUAUCUUCAUCGCUGUCUUGAUCAUUCUCGCUCUGACCGCUAUUGUUCCCAUGGCUUGGCUUGAGAUCAGACGGUGGCGACGACAACAGCAGCAUGCGCGUCUUAUUGCUCAGAACUCGUAUGACCCCAUGGACAUUGUCUACAUUGCAUCUCGACCCAUGACGGCGACUGCGGGCAUCAAGAUUGCUUCGCACUUCAAGGGCAAGCGACAGAUUCUUGUACGAUGGCUUAUCGCUUAUGCCACUUCUGUCCCAGCCCUCUUCAUCCUGUCUCUUGCAAUCGCCGGCUUCUUCUCUUGCUUUUGCCAGUGGCUCCUCCUCAAAGCGAUCAGAGACCAAGUACCUGCUCUUGCAGGCCAAGUUGGCGCAUUCGCCGACGAUGUUGUUGAGAACCUCGAAGGCGUUUCGGCUGAAUGGGCCCAUGAUGCCAACGGUGUGAUCACUGGUUUCAACAAUGAAAUCAACAACGACGUCCUUGGCUAUGUUACCAACGCCACGGAUGCUGUCAACGACACUCUCAACACAUUUAUUGAUACCAUGAACGAUGGACUCAACACCGUCUUCAAGGGAACUAUCCUCCUUGACCCUAUCAAGACAGUCCUUCACUGUGUCAUUGGUAUCAAGAUCGAGAGCGUACAAAAGGGACUCACUUGGGUUCAUGACCACGCCCAGGUCAACUUGCCACUCUUCGAAAACAAUAUCUUCAGUGAGGGUGCGAAGGACUCGGUUGAAGGUGACUCGGAGCUUAACACGUUCCUGGCAUCUCCGUCGUCCGCCACUACUGAUGAGGUCACGGGGGCUGUAAAGGCAGUUACAGAUUGGCUUCACGGCAAGCUGAUUCAAGACGCUCUCAUCUCUACCGGUAUCCUUCUAGUGUAUGUGCUUGUUGUUCUCAUUGGCACAGUAUGGACAAUUGUCGGCAUGGUCUCGCCAGACAAGGGCCGCGCUGAAGGCGGUAUGCGCUAUACUGGAGACAACAGACCAGGCCUAAGUCCUCGCGUCGGACAUCAAGAUCCUGCCAACCCCGAUGGUGCAACACACUUUCCUCGUUUUGGGUCCUCCUCUGGUGAGAUAGAUCACUACAGAGAAGAUGCAAGCAGGCAUGACGAGAAGUUCAUGUCCGGUGCAACAGGGGCCCGUGCCACACAGGUGGAUGGUCACCAAAGAAGCAGCUCCUACGGCUACUUAGACACGGCAAGCGGCAAAUACUAGGAGUGUUGGAGCCCGAUAGCCAGUUGAAGGAUAAUUUCCCUUGCAGUUUCAUUUUUAUUACUCUGGCCCUGGCUGGACCCGCGCCGAGAGAGACGAUCCUUUUCAACUGCAUGAAGCGAUGAUUACACGGAAGGCGUUGAUACAACGUAUCUUGGACAUGGAGGCAACUCAUAUUUAUUUCGUUUGUUUCUCAACUGAUAUCCAAAAGGAAAAAAGGUAGUGGUCGUUGGAUACUUAGUCUAUGUUUCGUGUCUAAGGGGUAGUCUUGGGUCUGGUUUGUGUUCUACAUUGUUUGUGGUCAUGAUUCCAACCAGAUUGUUUCUAGCCCUAGAAUGACAUAGUAACAACAAAUUGAAGGCUAC